UUAGCCUUAACGGCGUUACAAAAGUUGGUUUCUUUUUUUCCAAGUCUCGAACUUUUUUUUUAUUAAACUGCAAGCUUCGUUAUCGUUGUUUCCCUAGCUCUCCUCCGUCGCAGUUCUCUCCGACACGGCAAUACAAUUGGUCUUCGUUCCUAAUUCGUUUGAGAUUUAAAGAAUGUCUGCUAUGGAGCUCCCUCCCAGGGGUGGAUUCAGCUUUGACUUGUGCAGAAGGAAUAAUAUGCUCGCUGAAAAGGGUGCCAAGCCUCCUUCUUAUCGAAAGACUGGAACUACAAUUGUUGGUCUCAUUUUUCAGGAUGGUGUCAUUCUUGGAGCAGAUACUAGAGCCACUGAAGGACCGAUUGUCUGUGACAAAAACUGCGAAAAAAUACAUUAUAUGGCACCUAACAUUUACUGCUGUGGAGCAGGAACUGCCGCUGAUACAGAGGCAGUAACAGACAUGGUCAGUUCCCAGCUGCAGUUACAUCGGUAUCAUACUGGUCGAGAAUCUAGGGUUGUGACAGCUCUUACUCUUUUGAAGUCUCACCUUUUCAACUAUCAAGGUCAUAUUCAGGCUGCUUUGGUGCUUGGUGGAGUUGAUGUAACUGGACCCCAUUUGCACACUAUCUAUCCUCAUGGAUCUACGGACUCUCUUCCAUAUGCUACAAUGGGAUCUGGUUCCCUUGCCGCAAUGGCUAUCUUUGAGUCAAAGUAUCGUGAAGGUCUAACAAGAGAAGAGGGAAUUAAUUUGGUGAGUGAGGCUAUUUGCUCUGGAAUAUUCAAUGACUUGGGAAGUGGAAGCAAUGUAGAUGUUUGUGUGAUAACCAAGGGCCACAAAGAUUAUUUGAGAAACCACCUGCAGCCUAAUCCUCGUACCUAUGUCAAUACAAAUGGAUAUGCUUUUCCAAAGAAGACUGAGGUACUAAUGACCAAGAUAAUUCCAUUGAAAGAGAAAGUUCAAGUGAUUGAAGCAGGAGAUGCAAUGGAAGAAUGAUGCUUCAGUCAGACCUCUCUCUUCGAGCAAGUCAAGAUCUUUAAUUACUUGUUCAAGUAAACAACUGGAUAAAAUGCAAAUGUGUCUUUGCUGAUACUUUCAUUUUUUCCCCAUGAGCAAGCUACUUUUGUCUUUGUGCCUUGAGACUGUAGACAUUAUUUAUAUUGAAGUUCUACUUGAGAUACCUUGUUAAGCAAUGAAUUAGUAAUGUUUCAAACUUGUCUUGAUUGGUAAGUUAUCUCAAUGGGAUAUCGUUGAAAUGCUA